CUUGUCGAUAAGUUAUGUUCAAACGUGGACAUGGUUCUGUUCUACGUCUACACAACCGUGAGGUUCUAUUCCCUGUUAUGUGCCCAAUCUCAAAUCCCCCACCGCUUCGAUGCUCUCGUUGCUGUCCGGCUCGAUCUCAACAACUCCGCCGUGUACCGCUCUGCCGUGCAGCCGACUCUGACGGGAGUUGGUCGCGAUUUUUUUUUAAUCGGUUGUCAUUGUAAAUCGCGGGUGCGCGUGAUGGGUUCGAUUGUUUGCGAACGAGAUCGCGCCCGGUGACCGAUGCGGCCUAACGUGGCUGAUAUGGCCUGGGAUCGAUCGGUGUCGGUCAGCGUUUACGAGGAUGAGCGAGAGAAAGUUUACGCGCGGCCUGGGGAAACCCGGCAUGGCGGCGCAGCUACGGGAAACCGUGUCACAGGUCGUUCGCGAGAGCACCGUGCAGAAUAAACCACAUUUAGUUGAACCCAUUGACUUUGAGAGUUUUGUCUCAAAAAAUAAAACGUUGUUGCAAAAUGAUCCUCAACGGGAACUAUUGCUAUAUCCUCAGGAUGAUAUCUCCCAAGUGGUUUUGCCAAGAAGACAUCGUAGCUUGGUGCCAACCGCUCAGCAUAUUAAGGAAUGUGAAGAAGGUGUAGAAAAUCUUCUCACAAAAGAAUGCUUACAUAGUUAUGUAUCCAAUUGGAAUCUUGUGCACUAUAAAUAUGCAGCAUAUAGUGGAACGUAUCUUGAAUUGCCAAGACUAACAAAAGCAGAUGAUUUGAAAGAUGAAAUAUAUGAAAUUGAUACCGAAGUAGACCAAGUAGAUGAGGAUUUAACUAAGAAUGAUUGCAUAACAAAAGAAGGUUAUUUAAUGAAAGGUCCUGAGAUUGGUAGUACGGACAGGAUGUUUGCCCAUAUCGGAUCAAAAUCCUUCAAGAGACGUUUCUGUCAUCUCAGACAAGAAGUCGACGGCACUUACAUACUCGAAUUUUUCAAAGACGAAAGAAAAGGAGAAGCAAAACUCACGAUAGUGAUGGAUUUCUGUACAGAAGUUGUUAGAAAUCCGAAACGCGGUAGAUAUUGUUUCGAGCUACGAAUGAGUGAUACUCAUAAGUCAUAUACUUUGGCUGCUGACAAUGAGACCGAUAUGCAAGAUUGGUUGUUGAAACUUAGUUCUGUGUUGCAACAUUACAAGCAACAAGAAGAAAAGCGUGCCGCCUCAUUGGAAAGAGCUUGUAAUACUCCGCCACCAUCGCCACAACCUAUACAGGUUUACGGCACAUUGAAAGGACUUGAACAGAGCAUGAAUCCGCAAUUGAUAAAAUAUUCUCGAGAGACCGAUACUAGCAUUGCUCUUGCAAGGAGAGAGAAUAGAAAAAGACUGUUUAGCAUGUAUCCUCAUAUACCUCAUGCCAAGACACAAACAGGACAGUCUGUUGAUAAUAACGUGGAACCUUACAAAGAGCAAUUCGGUUACAGGAUUUUUGUUAAGUGCGAGAGUCUUAAGUUUAGAUUACAAGCACCUAUCGACGAAAAAGAAUCUCUAUGUCAAGUGGAACCUUAUCACACGACCUUGAGUCUUUUUGAUGCAAGAAACGGUAGAAAACUUACUGAAAACUUUCACUUCGACAUUAAUCAUGAAAUAGUACGAGAUAUGGCGAGGGAACUAAGUCCUGCUGGAGUCACAACCGAAGCAGAGGAUAUUACUCUUCCUGGAGAAUUACAGAACAUCCCUUCAGAUUGGCUAAAGUGUCCAAAACAGGCUAUAUUCAACAUCAGUAACCCUCACCCUGAUAUAUUCCUUGUUGUAAGAAUAGACAAAAUACUUCAAGGAAAUAUAUACCAAACUUCAGAGCCAUAUCUGAGAGCUACUAAGGAUCCAAGAUUAGGUUUAAAAGUACAUAAACAAGUCCGAGCGUGUUGCCAAAGGUUAGGAAAUUAUAGAAUGCCAUUUGCGUGGGCAGCAAGACCACUGUUUAGAUUGUACAGUAACGAAUUGGACACAUCUUCGGACUUUCCAGCAAUAUAUAGGCAGGAGGGUAAUAAACUAAAGGAUGAGGAGCUACUAAAACUUCUUUCAGAAUAUAGAAAGCCUGAGAAACUUAGCAAAUUGACUGUGAUACCCGGUUGGCUAAAAAUCAAAAUAGAACAAAUUACGGACAUUCCUGAAAAUACGUUGUCGACUUGUCUGGCGCCGUUAAAGCCAUUUCCGAUACCGCCAACGGUGGAACCGACGAUCGAAGUCGCAGAAUUCGAGAGUACUUCUGAGAAAGACGUGCAUCCAUACACGACUUACAUCAAUCAUCUGUACGUGUAUCCGCAAACGCUCUGCUUCGACACUCAGAAGAUAUUCACUCGAGCCAGAAAUAUAGCGUGUAUCGUAGAGCUUCGUGACAACGACGGCGAGAAUGUCAAACCUUUGCGAGCGAUUUAUGGGAAACCAGGUACACCACUGUUCUGUCUGCGCGCAUCAUGUACGGUUUUGCAUCAUCAAGCAGUGCCUUCUUGGUAUGAAGAAAUCAAGAUGAAACUACCUACGAAAUUACACGCGAAACAUCAUAUUCUCUUUUCGUUUUAUCAUAUAAGUUGUGAUAUGAACAAGAAAAAAGAAAAUGGAGUCGAAACUUGUGUAGGUUACGCAUGGGCACCAUUGCUACAUAAAGGAAGAUUGAAUGUAGAUAUAGAAACGAGUAUUCAAGUAUUGCCUGUAGCAACGCACUUACCACCAGGAUAUCUUUCCAUACAACCCCUUGGACUAGGGAAAGGGGUAAGAAACGCGGGGCCGGAUAUUACUUGGAUCGACUCUCAGCGACCAAUUUUUACAGUAUCUUUUCAAUUGAUUUCAACGGUGUUUACGCGAGAUCUUCAUCUGCAUAAUCUGUUUGUCCAUGCUGAACGCAUUUUGGACACGAAACCAUCGACGACACCAUCGGAUUCGGAAACUUGCAAAAUUCUAAAAGCGGCACACGCGGUUCAACUGGUCACCGUUGUUACAUUUCUCCCUACUAUAUUAAAUCAGUUGUUCGUACUGUUGACGUGUAACACCAGUCAAGAAGUCGGAUUAUAUGUGAUCAGAGUGUUAAUACAUUUUAUAAACAUGGUGCACGAAGCAGGACGCAAGGAAAUUCUGCAAGCAUAUAUUAAGUUCGUGUUCGUAUUACCUCCUCUACGAAAUGGCAACGUCACGGUUCACGAGCAAUUGGCGAAACACUUGCCGACUUUGUUGCAGCCGAGUAAUACCGAUUUUUUAGUGGUGAACAAAUUUAUGCAUCACUCGAGCUUCUUUUUUGAAAUAAUGAUAAAAAGUAUGGCGCAAUAUUUGUUGAGCACCGGUAGAAUAAAGAUGCAUAGGAACGAGCGAUUUUCGAAAGAUUAUCAAGAGAAGAUUAAAGCGUUAUUAGAAGUGAUAAUGCCGUAUCUAAUGACCAAGUACAGGGAAAUGCCAGUGGAAACGCAUGAAUUGAAUAAAAGCCUUGCGCAAUUUUUAAAGCGAUGUCUUACAUUCAUGGACCGCGGCUUUGUGUUUCGUCUCAUCAAUUCGUAUCUGGACAACUUUUCGCCCGGCGAUCAACGCACGCUGCACGAUUUCAAGUUCACCUUUCUACAAAUUAUCUGCUCUCAUGAACACUACGUAUCAUUCAACUUGCCAAUGAUGCAGUCACGUCUUGUUUCUAGAGAAGACACUGACAAUUACACUGAGAGCGAACCAGACGGUGAUGAUUUGAUGAAUGAGUAUUGCCUUACGGAAGAGUUCUGCAAACAUCAUUUCCUGGCAGGCCUUUUGAUGCAGGAAGUUAAGAUCUCUCUUAAUGAAAUCGUACAAAUUCGCAAAGUGGCUAUAAGUACUUUACGAGAUCUAAUGGCGAAACACGAGUUGGAUGAUAGAUAUCAAAAUAAGGGUCAAUUAAGUCGAAUAGCAUCUAUUUAUAUACCGUGGCUUGGCAUUGUAUUAGAGAAUUUACAUCGACUACAAUCGAUUCAAGAGAGCGAAACCAAAGUGGAGAUGAAGCAGAACAGCACAAACCGAGUCUCAACCAGCAGCUCGUUUUUGACAGCCAAAGAUACUAGUAUCCCAGCCGCGGGCACACCUAAGUCCAUUCAUAGAUUAACUCUUCACUUGGACAGCCAAUCGCCUGUAAGAUCGUCUAUGCAUCUACGGGAUUCUACAUACUUCGCCGCUAUCGCGGGUCAAGGAUUGGUAAACGGAUACUCCUGCACCAGUGUCGAGUCUGAUACGUCAACGGUAUCCGGUGCAUCUCAGUCCAAUAUUUCUCAAGAGACUACCAUCAUUAGGGAGCUUGCCGAGGAUGGAACGGGUGAGAGAAAAAGACACUCGCGCAACUUGAGCGUGACCCAGUCAUCGCCCAGAUGCGACAAGUUGCAACCGUCAGAAGUGAAGGAUAUAUUACUUUGUUUCCUAUUCAUUGUUAAAUAUUUGGGUGAUCAUCAAGUAAUCGCCUGGUGGCAACAAUGUAACGACACGGAAGUACUGAACUUUUUCACAGUGAUUGAGAUGAGUUUACAUCAUUUCAAGUAUAUCGGAAAGCGGCAGAUAGCCGCCAACGUUGCGAACAAUGUUGGAAAACCGCGUACCACCAAGGCGAUGACUCUGCCUGCCAGAAUGGCGCCACCAGAUUUCAUCACUGAAAGCCCCGCUACUAGUACAUUGCAACCUCACAAUACAGUUACGAGAGAAAAUCUAGUUGAAAACGAUUGUGGCAAAGUGUAUCAAGCUUUAUUGGAAGCAAACAUGGCGACGGAAGUUGGCCUCAUUGCACUAGAUUGCCUGGGCUUGUUUUGUAUCCAUUUUAAAGAUAUUCUUUUAGCGAAUGAGGGCGACAAUCCGGUAAUGCAGAAAUUUUUCAACAUUUACUUAUCGUUUCUUCAAGUUGGCCAGUCGGAAACUUUAUUACGUCAUGUUUUUGCUGGACUUCGAGCGUUUUUGAAUAAUUAUUCCAUCGCGCUCUUUCAAGGUAAUGCUGUACUUUGCGGACGUUUGUGUUAUGAGUUGUUACGUUGUUGCAACAGCAAGUUAAGUUCUAUACGACAGGAAUCUUGCGCUUUGCUAUAUUUGCUCAUGCGAAGUAAUUUUGAAUUUACUAGUCGAAAAGGAUUGACCAGAGUACAUUUGCAGGUGAUAAUUUCAGUUUCUCAAAUGUUGGGAAACGUGAUCGGUCUCAACAAUUCACGAUUUCAAGAAUCGUUAUCGUUAAUCAACAGCUACGCUUCCUCCGACAAAGUGAUGAAGGGCACAGGAUUUCCAGUUGAGGUGAAGGAUCUCAAUAAAAGAAUAAGAACGGUUUUAAUGGCAACCGCGCAGAUGCGAGAACAUAACAACGAUCCUGAAAUGUUGGUCGAUUUGCAACAUAGCUUGGCUAAUUCGUACGCUAGCACGCCCGAAUUGAGGCACACAUGGUUGGAAACGAUGGCCAGAAACCACGCCAAGGAUAACAACUUCUCAGAAGCUGCUUGUUGUCACUUACAUAUAGCGGCGUUAAUGGCUGAAUAUCUAAAAUUACGAAAAGUUCAUUCAUGGGGCGCAGAAGCUUUCGAUAAAAUUUCUGUGAACAUAUCGAAAGACGAGCGUAAUCUUAAGCUCGAUGCUGGUGAGCUUUGCGUUCAAGAUAUUCAUUAUAAUGAGAGUUUGCUUCUCGAACAAUUGGAAAUUUGUGCCGACAUGUUGGAAAAAGCCGAGCGAUUUGAGUUGCUCGGACAUUUAUAUCGCUUGAUAGUUCCUAUAUACGAAGAGAAAAGAAAUUACGAAGCUUUGGCAAAUUGCUAUUCACACUUGGCGCAAGCUUGUAACAAAAUUGUGGAAGUUACCCGAACGGGAAAGAGAUUGCUCGGAAGAUUCUACAGAGUGGCGUUCUUCGGCACUGCGUAUUUCGAGGAAGAGACCGGUCAAGAAUACAUCUAUAAGGAACCGAAGGUGACAUCGCUGUCCGAGAUAUCGGAACGUUUAUUACAUCUGUAUAGCGAGAAAUUCGGAUCCGAAAAUGUCAAAAUGAUCAUGGAUUCUGUGCCGGUCGAUGUAAACGAGCUGGAUCCUAAGAUGGCGUAUAUACAGGUGACGCACGUAACUCCAUACUUCGAAAAAUCCGAGCUUGAAAUACGACAGACCGAAUUCGAGCAGAAUCACAACGUAUCCUGCUUCAUGUUCGAAACGCCAUUUACUAAAGAAGGCAAGGCACGAGGCAAUCCGGAGGAUCAGUGGAAACGCAGAACUAUUCUCACAACUCAAUAUGCUUUUCCAUAUGUGAAAAAGCGUAUUGGAAUUGCCGAGAAACGAAUAGUGGAGCUCAGUCCCAUCGAAGUUGCGUUAGAUGAAAUGCGACAGCGUGUUCAGGAAUUGGAAGAGGUGGCUUUGAUCGGACCAACGGAUGUAAAGAAGUUACAGUUACGUCUUCAAGGUAGCAUUUGUGUAACAGUAAAUGCCGGUCCUCUAGCGUACGCUUCCGCGUUCCUGGAUCCUGCGUUGUCUCCGCAAUAUCCAGAUGACAAAGUAGAUGAAUUGAAGGAUGUUUUUAGGGAGUUUGUCAAGAUAUGCUAUACAGCAUUACAAAUUAAUAGCAAGUUAAUCACGCCAGAUCAACACGAGUAUCAAGAAGUAUUGCGUGAAAACUACCAGAAACUGUGCCAGAGUUUGUCGUCGUUGUUUGGAGAACCUAUAUGGUCGGAUGAGCAAGUAGGAAAUUUCAAACGUAACAGUGCCGCUUUGUUCAGUGCCAUUAGCGGUGCUAACAACCAUACCAGUACAGCUUAAGUCAAUAAUCUUAGAAUAUUCUAAACAGACCUCAGAUUUAUUUACUCAUUUUAAUACAAUAUAUAAGGACCUUUAAGCACACAGAACUUGAAAUAUUCAAAAGGUGAGAUAAAAGUUUGUUUUGUUUGUUUUUAAUUUUGGUAAACUUAAAUAUUGUGUUUUAAACAUUAAUGUAAUGACUCCCUACUUAUUUCCUUCAAUUCGCUACUUGACGUAGCCUAGCUGAGACUAGUCUUGGAGUCUCUUUAAAAGAACUUCGACUUUUUUCUUUUUUAAAACCAAUUGAUGUUGCUCUAGGUUCUCUUCAGUAGCAACCCACAGCUCACAUUUGUAUACAUAUAUAUGUAUAUACAUUAAUAUAUAUAUAUUAA